AUGACCGAGGCAUCUGAAAAUGCCUACCUCGUGCGCGUCCGGGCGCAAGUGAUGUGCCGCGAUGAGGGCACCGGCGGCUGGGUGGCGCUGGGCGGGGGCGGCCUCGCCGACGUGAUGGUCGGCAAGCGCCGCCACCACCGCGCCUCCGGUGCUGGCGACAGCAACGGCGAGACGACCUCCUCAUCCACUUCGGCCCCCAUCUACGAGUACUACAUUCACGGGAAACGCAUCAGCGAUAACAUGGUGGUGCUCGAGUGCACGAUAAAGAAGGACUUCCAGUACAACAAGGUGAUGCCCACCUUCCACCACUGGGUGACGGACGAGAAGCGAUUCGGGCUCACCUUCCAGACGGCGGCGGACGCGCGCGCCUUCGACCGCGGCGUGCGCACCGCCAUCGAGGAGCUGCUGGACGGUCUGGGUGGGGCGUGGCCGUCACUUCACGCGUACAAAAAACACAAUCCAGCGCCCAAAGAUGAUGACGAGGAGCAGAACAUAUUCGAGUGCCUCAACCUGCCGUCGGACUCGCGCUCCAGCUCGGACACGUCCACCGGCAGCCGGCGGCGGCCCGACAUCACUCAGACGCCGAUACUGUCCGCCAUCACGCUGCCGCGCCACCCGCUCGCCGAAUCCCUAAAGCAGUACGAAGUGCAAUACGACGAAAAGGCACCCGGCGAUGAUGAAUUGGAGAGGUGCCCCUACGUCCAUCUGAAAGCUGUGCACGAGUACACGUACCCGCAGGUGGGCCCGGGGGGCGUCAUUAGUUCCGAAAAGUCCUCCCCCAACACCAAACCACCGCUGCUGAAGAGGGAUUCCGGGUCGAUAAAGAAGCGCAGCUACGCCGGACCGCCGCCGUUGCCGGACAAAAAGCCGCAGGAACCCAUCCAGGGGAGGAUAAGAUGCAGGCACUGCAACGAGUGGUACCUGGAGAGUGCGAACCGCGCCGGCGCGUGCGAGUUCGCGCCCGACUGCUGCCGCUCCUGCAUCGACUGCCUCACCUGCAUCAAGUGCGCGCAGUGCAUGGUGUACCACUGCAUGUCGGACGCGGAGGGGGAGUUUGCGCUCCACCCGUGCGCCUGCGGCAAGCCGGACGACGCGUGCGCCAAGCGCUGGGUGGGCGUGGCGCUGCUGAGUCUGCUCGUGCCGUGCCUGUGCUGCUACCUGCCGCUGCGCUGCGCUCACAGGGGGGCGAGGGCGCUGCGGCUGGCGGGCGGCCACCACGCGCCGCAAGCGCCCACCACGCACCGCUCGUUCCGGUCACCGAGCCGCUCGUUCCGGUCACCGAGCCGCUCGUUCCGGUCACCGGAGCCGCUCGUUCCGGUCACCGGAGCCGCUCGUUCCGGUCACCGGAGCCGCUCGUUCCGGUCACAGGAGCCGCUCGUUCCGGUCACCGAGCCGCUCGUUCCGGUCACCGAGCCGCUCGUUCCGGUCACCGGAGCCGCUCGUUCCGGUCACCGGAGCCGCUCGUUCCGGUCACCGGAGCCGCUCGUUCCGGUCACCGGAGCCGCUCGUUCCGGUCACCGGAGCCGCUCGUUCCGGUCACCGGAGCCGCUCGUUCCGGUCACCGGAGCCGCUCGUUCCGGUCACCGGAGCCGCUCGUUCCGGUCACCGGAGCCGCUCGUUCCGGUCACCGGAGCCGCUCGUUCCGGUCACCGGAGCCGCUCGUUCCGGUCACCAGAGCCGCUCGUUCCGGUCACCGGAGCCGCUCGUUCCGCCCCUCCGUUCUCUCGUUCGCUCACCGGUCCGCACGCGCUGCUCCGCUCCAGUCGGCGCACUUUCGGCCUUGCACCGGGGGGCCGACGGGUGGUCUUUUACACUGCCACCACAAUCCGAGGAUGUAGCGACGGCUUCGCAAAG